UAAACAGUAAUAACCCCACCGCUCUUCCAUACCCUAACAAAGAGAUAAAUACCAAAUCUGCGAAGAUGGACGGUAAAGGACAACCCUCGAAUAAUCCACCACCCCCACCCCCGGGAUACAGUCAGCCCCCUCCUGCCUAUGGACACCAGCAGCAGACGACUGUUGUCAUGGCAGGCCAUCCAGUGAUGGGACAUAUCUUUCGGGAGACCUCGGUCCCUAUGCAGUGUCCCUAUUGCCGUGCCAACAUAACAACAAGCACUAGCUAUGAGACAGGGACGCUAACAUGGAUUAUCUGUGGGGUGCUCAUCCUGUUUGGGCUCUGGCUUGGUUGCUGCUUGAUUCCAUUUUGUAUUGAUGGCUGCAAGGACGUCAUCCAUACUUGUCCAAAUUGUAACCAAGUUGUUGGCAAAUACAACCGGAUGUAGCAUGGAGUCGAGAAGAGCUGACAUGUAGCGGGGAUUCACCGUGGCGGGCGACUAGUUUUAUCUAACACUUACAUAUGUUAAAAUAUGUAAUCCUUUUUGAUGUAAUUAUACAGAUUUAUUUUACUGUAAUAACUUUGUGUUUCUAUCUUAUCAAGACCAUCAUUUAAUUUUUUUUUUUUUUGGUAUAGUUCUACUUUUAAAUCCAUUUUUUUCUUCACUUAUUUUAUAUGUAGAAAUUGUAGCUUAUCGUGUGAUUUUAGUGUUUUUGUUUUACAAUACCUCAUCUCUCUCCUACAAGAUUUCUGUGAUCUACGCAACUUUUGAUAUUGACGCAAAUAUUUUGAUUGUUUUAAAUGUCUAUAUUUUAGAUUUGCAAACAUAUCAUUCUUUUGAAGUUCUUUUUAAAAAAUAAUGUGUUAAAAUCUUCUACAUUUCAUUUUGCUUUUAGAUUUCAGAAGUAAUUUUGAUGUGAUUUGUUUAAAUAUAAUAUUUUAUUAUAAAAAUAUUUUAAUAAAAUAUCAAUUCAU